AUGCCGACGAGCUCGCCAGUCUUCCAUUCACUCGCCAACUUCGAUAUCAAUGGCCUCUUUGACGUCCUCGCCCAGCUCGGCUUCAAGACAAAGGCUGAGCUCAUGACCGACGAGUUCAAGCGAGAUUUGCUCGAUAAGGCCAGAGCGAUCAUGAAGGACACUGUGAACAAGAAGCAGACUCGAUCCAACAUGCAGGCCGAGAUGAAGGAGUGGAAGGACAGGGUAAAGAAGGCGGAGGCGGAGGGCCCCGACUCGGCCAAGGCGUCCGUGAACCCUGCGUAUGCCUCGGUGGACGCCGAGGGCAUGCCCAUCCUGCAGAUUUUUGCGAAGAACGCCAAGGAGGCGCUGAAGGACGGCUCGAAGACCGAGUCCCUGGUCAAAAGGGUGCGCAUGUUCGCGGGGCGCGAG